AUGCAAAAGAGAAAUAUCAAAAACAACUCGACCGUAAGCCCUCUCCUAUUCAACCUAGUAAUGGACUAUAUCACUAUGAACAUUCAGAAACCAGCACCGUGGUCACUUCUAUACGCCGAUGAUGUAGAACUCAUAGCCGAAUCGUUGACAGAAGUACAAUCAGACCUGACAGUAUGGCAGGAGUCCUUAGAAAGAAGAGGGAUGAGAGUGAAUAGAGAGAAGACUGUAUACAUGUACUGUAACUUUUCUGGUGACAAUAUGGAUGUUAUUCCAUGUUCAUCUAUCGAAGGUGUACCUCUUAAAAGAGUUGAAGAGUUUAAAUAUCUCGGGUCCAUUGUAGCAGCAAAGGCUUGUACAGAAAGAAAUAUACAAAAUAGAACCCAAACAGCUUGGUUAAAAUGGAGAUCGCUGUCUGGCAUUCUAUGCGACUCCCGUAUCCCUAUUAAAAUAAAAGGCAAUAUAUACAAAAGACCAGUAAAACCAGCUCUGCUAUAUGGAUCGGAGUGCUGGCCGAUGAGAAAGACGGACGAACAAAAACUUCACGUCAUUGAGAUGAAAAUGUUACGUUGGUCUGGAGGAGUUUCUAAAAUGGAUAAAAUAAGAAACUAUUAUAUUCGUGGUAGUUUCAAGGUUGCUAUGGUGUACGAAAAGCUUAGAGAAAACCGUACGGACACGUGA